AUGGCAGUCUCAAUUUCCUGGUUGGUAUUCCAGCUUCCACUGGGCAUCUGCUUGACUCUAAUACUGCUCGGACAAAUUGCAUGCCGACCGUGGAGCUCUGCUUCCCCAGACUUAUCGAGCCAUCUAGCAACGAAACAAGAACAGGAGAGACACAAGGUUCCUGACUUCAUCGAGUCAUGGGAGGCUUACAAGAACUAUACCAACCAUCACAGGCUUUUUCCAGGUCACGCCAACCGCCGAGCAACCAUUGACGUUCUCCGGUCCCGGGUCCCGGCAUCCCGAGUCCAGGAGGACGACGACCCAGACCAAACCACGAUUUUCACCGAUGGAUACCGGUUAGAGAUCGAUCAGCGAGGGAUCCUGGGCCAUGGGGCCAGUGGCUACGUCUAUCCUGGCAUUUUGUCUUCUCUAAAUCUCAAGGAGACCCAGGAUGUCGCCAUCAAAGUCUCACACCGUCCCCAUCUACUGUGGGAGGCUCAGCUAAUGGACCUCAUCCACGGCGAUCACCUGCUCCGUUACCUGGAGAUCGUAACCAUUCCCCAACCAGAAGAUGACAAGGCCGCCGAUGGGCUGGUCUACGCGAUUGUCAUGCCGCGCAUGCAGGGGAGUCUGCAUUCGUGGGCGGCCGGGCUGGCAUGGGGGGGAGAGCAAGAGCAGCAGACUCGCUCUGCUAUGCUGCAAAUGUGGGAAGGCUUGGUCCAGCUGCACGCGCAGGGCUUUGCACAUUGCGAUGUGAAGCUCGCGAAUAUGGUGUACAGAUGGAACGAGACGGGGGACAUUCACGUCCUCCUCUCGGAUCUGGAUUACGCGACCCCUGCCCGCGAGGUAAGGGGUAGUGCGGGGACUGUGGGGUAUUUAUCCCAGGAGGUCUUACUCGGCAAGAAUCACGAUCCCAUGAGCUCGGAUGUCUUUGCCAUGGCGAUGUCGUUUCUCCCGCUGGUCUCCAGCAAAAUGUUGUCUGAUGGGGACUUUUGCAUGCUGGUGUGGAAGAGUGUGGUGGAUGCUGCGAAACAGUCGCGGGUCGAAACCACGCUGCUUGAUUUGUUUGGCAGUAGCUUAUCUGUGAGGCAGGCGGAACUGUUAGCGAAAGCGCUGUGCGAGCAAGAGGGGGAGGACGAUGGCACAUGGAAGCGGCGCAUCACAGCCAAGGAGUUUCUUGUCAUCGAGCUUGGUCAGAAAACCCUGACCCUGACCCUGAACUACCGCAAAGCUAGCACGGGCGAACCACGCGAGCAUGAGGAUCUGCAAGUUGUGCUGCAAUGCCUGAUCAGUCUGAAUGUCGACCUGCACGCCUCGAUCCCAAAUCUCACCGAGCUAGGUAGUCUUACCCCGGCGCUGGCUCGGUUGAAACAGGCCAAUGAAGAGUGCCUUCGUCUGUCGAUCGAGUUCGUAGACUUGCUGAACAAGCUGAAGCUCCGCACCCCACAUGCAUUGCUGGAGUCCAUCCGGGCAAGCAUCAAGACGCUCUGGAAUCGCGACCGCAUGGAAGCUAUGUCUAAAGCAGUCGUUCGGGCUCGGGAAAAUCUCAACACCGCACUGCUCUUCUACCUCAAAGAUACCCAAGCCACCGUGGCGGGCCAGGAUCAGAUUCUCCAGUCUACGGCUCAGCUAGAGGACAACGUCUUAUCUGCACUAGAGGAACGUUGUGCGCUGAUCCGAGCGGAUGUACGCCAGGUUCUGGAGCAGGUGCAGGCAACCGGCAUGAACCAAGCGGCAGAGACUCAGCUUCUUGUCUCGCAUCGGCAUCAGCUUGACUACCUUCAACGUCAGAUACAUGGCAUUCUCGAUCGACAAGAGCAUCUAAGGAACCUGGAGGAACAAAGAAGACUAGCAGAAACCCAUCAAAUGUUCUUGGCUAGCAUCCAGUUCCCGCAAAUGCAGGAACGUGCACAACAGAUUCGAACUGCGCACGAAAAGACCUACCGAUGGGUCCUGCACCAGCAAAACCCGAGUUCGGUGGUGGCUUGGCUAUCUGCUCCCACGGACACCGAACCGAUCUACUGGAUCUCCGGUAAACCGGGCGCGGGAAAGUCGACCCUGAUGCGCUACCUGGACCAAAAUCUGAAAUCUGAGGAGCAUAUGCUUCCCUGGGCAAGUGGGUCCACAGUUAUACGAGCCUCAUAUUACUUCUGGAACGCAGGGAAUGCGCUACAGAAGUCCUUCGAAGGACUCGUGCGCUCCUUGCUUGCCCAGAUACUCGAACAGCAACCUGAGCUUAUAGCUCGCAUCAUGACACUUGGACCAAAGUACAAUCCCCGAACUUGGGGCUCGAGUAUUGUGGAAUGGACCCAGUCUGAGCUACUGAGUUUACUUCAUCUGUGUAUUGGCGUCCUGCAAGACCGGUACAGAAUCCUCCUUCUUAUCGACGGCCUGGAUGAAUAUGAAGGCACCGACGAGUUGCGGCGGGAUGUGAUCCGGAGUUUGACUGGGUUGAACGGAAUGGCGAGUGUGAAGAUAUGUCUGUCAAGCCGGCCAUGGAAUGUAUUCCGAGAUGCCUUCAACAGCACACCGCAACUGCGAUUAGAGGACCUUACUUAUCAGGAUAUCAGCACAUAUAUCAAGACCGAGCUUACCAAAUCCCCCCGCUUUCGAUAUCUUCACCUUCGCCAGAAAGCCGAGGCGGACAGACUAAUCUUGGCGGUGACUGAAAAGGCUGCUGGAGUCUUCUUAUGGGUCCGGCUCGUGGUUCGCGACCUACUUGAAGCUCUCCAGGAUGGCGAUAAUAUGGCUGCCCUCUCGCGAAAGCUCAACGGCAUCCCCGCUGACCUGGAUGAAUACUUCCGUAGGAUGAUUGAUUUGAUUCCUCCCCUGCACAGACGAGAAGCGUCGAAAAUGAUCCAGAUCGCAUUACAUGAGGAGACCGCGUUCACCGCACUCCACCCGCUGCGGAUGCUUGAUCUCUUGUUCAUUGACGAAUCUGUCCUUGACUUUGCGGACACAAGCCCGUCAAACUACCCCAUAUUGGAUCUGGCUGAUCGUGAAGGACUUGAAUUCAUGCUCGACUCUACGUACCGCAGGCUCAACAGUCGCUGUAUGGGACUGCUGGAGUGCAUAUUUGAUUUAGAGUUUUCUGGUUUCCUUGACCUUACUACUCCGGAGUUUCUGGAGGUCUUUGAUGGUCAUCAAUUCAAUUCUGCGCUUUGUACGCAGAUCAUGGAGUCGGCAGAAAUGGGACACACCUUUAUGCUGACUAUCAGCUUCUUACAUCGCAGCUGCCGGGACUUUCUUCGUUCUCCCGAGAUUCAGGAAUUACUGCAUCAAUACACCGGCGGGCCUUUUGACUCAAGGCGGUACCUGGUCAACGCCAGAAUCCACCAACUUCAAGCCCUGAUGACUGUUGGAAGUAACCGGGAGUUGGCCUUUGGUAUUGCUAGUUAUCUGGCGAGCGCACUAGCAGUGCCCGGAUGGAGGGAAUCCGCCCCAGCCAUCAGAGCAGCCCGGAUGCUGGACCCAGUCAUGGAAGCUCUCCUAUCAGCGAGCAAUCACGACAGUAGCAUGGAUGUCGGCUGGUACAUAGGCAGAUUGGCAGGCAAAUGGGCGGACGAACAAAGCUGUUUUCUGACCCUCGCCAUCGACUUUGACUUGCGGGGCUAUGUCAGGGCGUGUCUGGGUCCAGCGCAAAUCCGCAACAAGGCUGGCCGGCCGAUCCUGGACCAUGUUCUCCGACCGGAAUUUUGCCGGCGCCGUGGCUCCCUGGGUAUUGGAUACUCGUUGGUUAGCCCUGAGCUUGUGCGCCUCGUGCUCGACAACGGAGGCAACCCCAACGAAUACUACCGAGGAGGGACCGUCUGGGCACGAUUCCUCGCCUGGACCGCAGGCUGUUUGGUUGAUUGUCUCAUCGCUGACGCCGAGAUGAUACAAGCCCACGUCGAGUCCAUUGCACUGCUGCUGCAGCACGGUGCAACACUCGUCAUUCCGCACUCCUGGCUUGCAGGCAGCAGUCCUAGCUGGGCCAAGGUCAUGACCCACCCAGACUCGGGCCUGCAGGAGGGCGAUCGAUUCCGUCGCCAGACAUCGCCCGUUUCAGCCUCCCCUCGUACGGCUUCCAGCGUGGACCAGCCAUGCUAUGCAGUGGUAGACCUCCUGGAAGCGUUCCGGCCAUGGUUCGGAGGGCAAAUCGACCGGCUGAUUGCUCUUGCGCAACGCUCUGCAGCCGCAUCUGUCUUGCCGCAGGGUAUCACGACCCUGCCUCUUCGGCCUAGGACCGAGCAUCUGCGACCGGGAGUAGAAUCUGUAUAG